AUGCCCAGUUUACACCCAGUAGUUACCCCACUCUCCUCUAACCAAGAACUAGGGCAAAGGUCUCUCCCUCUUUCUCGUUGGCUCAGUGCGAGUGACAGGUUUAAUAUCAACUCUCAGCUCGAGCAUUUGCAAGCAAAAUAUGUUGGUACUGGGCAUGCUGACUUGAAUAGAUUUGAGUGGGCAGUGAACAUUCAACGUGACAGCUAUGCAUCUUAUGUUGGGCAUUAUCCCAUGCUGGCAUAUUUUGCCAUUGCUGAAAAUGAGUCAGUUGGAAGAGAACGCUACAAUUUUAUGCAGGUGACUGUGGAUUGCUUCAUUAUAUGUUCAAAAUUCAGUAUGGGGUAGUGGUUCGAUGCUGGAGUAUUAACAUCUCUUGUGGGGCAAUUUGUUUGACAAAGGAUUAACAUUUUGUAUGACAUGCCCCGAACCCCAGACUAGAGCCUCGUGCAUUGGAUGGUCCUUUUUUCUCUCAAUUUUUGUCUCUUGAAUUGUGAUCAAGGAGACAAAGCUGCAAAUUGUGGAUUUUCUUUUUGUGAAGGGAUUGCUACGGUUACUGGCCACUUAAUUGUAACUUGGUCAAAGUGUUUUUUUUUUUUU